GAGAUGUAUUUGGGUUUGAGGUAUUUAGGCCUUGGGAGUUUGAACAUUAUCCACAAUGUCGCUCUAUAGUCAUUCCGGCUUUGACCGUCGGAUUGCCAUUUAAAUUGUUAAAAAUUUUGAAUAAUUUGAGAAUAGGAAUAGGACUUACUGCCACUACACCAAUUGAAUCUCAAAUUCGAAAACAAAGCAUGUCUUCUUCAGUCAAGGAAAUUUCAGCGAAUUAUGCAUUUCUCUUGGGUUCCUUUAUAGCUUUGGGUAUUUUCACUAGAGUCACAUUUAUACUUUACGCAUUUCCUAUCGGAGUAGCUGUACUUUAUCAUGUAUUUCUUUCACCCAGAACUCAGAACAAAAAUUGGGCUGAAAAGUUUCAAGAAUUGAUUCCUUUGGCAUUUGGCAUAUUCUUUAUAAGUGCAAUUUGUGUUGUCAUCGAUUCUUUAUAUUUUGGAACAUUAGAGCUCAUGUAUAAUGGUGUUGUCUUGACUAAACACCAUAUAUUUGAAUUUCUAAAUAAUCCAAUAACAUUACUUAAAAUUGAGUGGCAGGGAAAUCUAAUCUUUACACCGUUAAAUAACAUCCUUUACAAUCUUGACUCUAAUAAUUUAUCAGAGCAUGGAAUUCAUCCUAGAUACCUUCACAUUUUCAAUUUUACGCUUCUUUUUGGACCACUUGUGUUAUUGACAAUGAAGGAUCUUAACGUUAGUUUUAAUUACAUGAGACUUACAGCUAAGAAAAGAUACAAGACUGUUAUUAUUUACAGCGGCCUGUGCGGGUUCAUUUUACUUUCAUUGAUACCACACCAAGAACCAAGAUUUCUUUUACCACUUUUAGUUCCUGUUGUAGUAGUACCUUCUGAUAGAUUACAAAAAUUACCAAAAUUAUUUUGGCUUGCAUGGGUAAUAUUUAAUAUCAUAUUUGCAGUAUUCUAUGGCGGAUUUCAUCAAGCAGGAAUUAUACCAAUAAUUCAAAGAUUACAAUAUCAAGCGAUUGGGUUCAGGAAUUGUGAGGAAUACGAAGGAUCUGUUCGUUGUGAGAUUGGUAAAAGGAUUAUUAGACCAGUCAUGAACUCUUCAGAGACUUUUAUAACAAAUAUCAUAUUUUACAAAACUUAUAUGCCUCCACGUCAUCUAUUUGGGUAUCCAGAAGCUUGGCGUGACACAAGUAUACAAGUUAAUAUUCACGAUCUAGCCGGUCGACCAAUUAGGAUGUUAGAAACUUUGUUAUUGAAACAAGUUAGUCCAAAAAGACAAUUAAUCACGCCUAAUUUGAUGAGACAUAUCCAUUUUCAACAACGCGUCGAUGGCAACAUUACUUUAAGACAAUAUGAAAGAACGUUGUUAGUAACACCUUCUACAACUGAUUUGUCAAUGUUUGAAGAGCACAGUGAGUUACGUUUAAACUCUGAAACUAAGAAAAUUGAAUUGGUGUUAGUUGAUAAAUAUUGGCCGCAUUUAAAUUUUGAUUAUCUUGAUAGAGUUUUUAAACAUGGAAUGUAUUUAAAUGUUUAUGCUGUUACGCAAAGAUGA